UUCCAUUCCUGACAGUAGUUCAUUUGUGCCGCAAUGGCGGCAGUACUAUAUUUUAAGGUUAAUAAAAUAUCACUAGGAUUUUUUGUAAAAAAGGGAAUUAGUAGUCGCAAUUUUAGCCAUUUUUUUCAAAGACAACAAAUUACAAACAAAUAUUUACCUAUAACGUAUCAAAUUAAAAAGUCUUCCACGACUAGUAGCGACACAGACAAAACCCCAGUUGUAAACGCUAGUAUUCUAGCAAACGUUUUAAACAAGGCACCUACUAGUUUGCCAAAAAGUCAGCCUGCAAGAGGAUGUUUUCAUCCAGGAGCUUCAACCCUGUCAAGAGAGUCACUUCCGUUGGGGAGCAAGCCAGUAAGUGGGACGCAGAUGGUCGGAGCCAUGCUACAAUACAUUUGGCCGAAAGAUAACAAGGAAAUAAGAAACCGAGUAACUUUGGCAGUAUCUUUACUAGUUGGAGCAAAGCUAUUAAAUGUUUGUGUCCCCUUUAUUUUUAAAUAUUCUGUGGACUAUUUAAAUUUAAAUGCCGGCGGCGUACUCAAUAUGGAUUCUGCACCACAAACUUUGGCUACGGUGGCAACAAGUAUUCUACUUGGGUAUGGUGUAGCUAGAGCAGGAGCCGCGGGAUUCAACGAAUUGCGAAAUGCUGUGUUUGCAAAAGUCGCGCAACACUCCAUUAGGAGGAUAGCUAAAAAUGUAUUUAUUCAUUUGCACAAUUUAGAUUUAUCAUUUCAUUUGAGCAGACAGACAGGUGCUCUAUCCAAAACUAUAGAUAGAGGAUCCAGAGGAAUAAAUUUUGUGUUAACUGCUAUGGUUUUUAAUAUUGUUCCAACGAUUUUUGAACUCGCUCUGGUGUCUACAAUUUUAAAUCUCAAAUGUGGAUCGGCAUUUGCAGGUAUUGCAUUAGGUUGUGUGGGAAUUUAUGCUGUAUACACUUUAGGAAUAACCCAAUGGAGGACAAAAUUUAGGGUUUAUAUGAAUAAAGCAGAGAACGAGGCUGGAAAUAAAGCCAUAGAUUCAUUAAUAAAUUAUGAAACUGUAAAAUAUUUUAACAAUGAAUUGUACGAAGCAGAAAGAUAUGACGCGGCUCUUAAAAAAUAUGAAGCGGCCAGUUUGAAAACCACUAGCAGUUUAGCUAUGCUUAAUUUUGGACAAAAUGCCAUAUUCAGUGCCGCCCUGAGUGGUAUUAUGAUUUUGGCAGCUAAUGAAAUUUUGAAAGGAAACAUGACGGUGGGUGAUCUAGUGAUGGUUAAUGGUUUGUUAUUUCAAUUAUCAAUACCCUUAGGAUUUUUGGGUAGCGUUUACAGGGAGGUUCGUCAGGCUUUGGUGGAUAUGCAAACAAUGUUUACACUCAUGUCCAUGGACAGCUCAAUUAAAAACAAACCUAACGCACCCUACCUACAUGUGGAUUCGAAAAACUCGGAAAUUGUUUUUGACAAUGUUAGUUUCGAGUACGGACCUGGAAAGAAGAUCCUAAAUGGCCUUAAUCUUACCAUCUCCCCUGGCAAGAAAAUUGCAAUUGUAGGGGGUUCCGGAUCAGGCAAAACAACGUUGGUGAGGUUGCUCUAUAGGUUUUAUGAACCUACUCGUGGCCGUAUACUUAUUGGCGGCCAAGAUAUCCGCGACGUAAAUCUCGAAAGUUUGAGGAAAUCCAUUUCAAUUGUACCACAGGAUUCGGUACUGUUCCACGACACCAUUAAAUACAAUUUGCAUUACGGUAACCUGAACGCGUCCGAACAAGAUGUGGUGGAGGCUGGCAAAAUGUCAGAAAUUCACGAUUCAAUUUUGAAAUGGCCCCAGGGCUACGAAACGCAGGUCGGCGAAAGGGGUUUAAAACUUUCGGGCGGGGAGAAGCAAAGAGUGGCAAUCGCGAGGGCGAUUUUAAAAAAUUCUCCCAUUUUGAUUUUCGACGAAGCCACGAGUUCUUUGGACUCGAUAACGGAACACAAUAUACUAAAAGCGUUAAGGAACGCAACAAAAGGAAGGACGAGCAUUUGCAUCGCUCAUCGUUUGAGUACGAUUAUGGAUGCGGAUGAAAUUUUUGUUUUCGAAAAUGGCAAAGUAUCUGAAAGGGGUGAUCACAAAGCUCUGCUGCAGAACAUAGACAGUCUUUAUUACAAACUCUGGCAUACUCAAAACCACUCCUUCAAGGAGAGGCCAACGAGGGAAAAUAGGGUGUGAUACCAGAAUGUACGAUACUGUAUAUAUGUUAUAUAAUAUUUAUUUGAUGUAUACAAAUAAAUGGGUUUAUUUUAACUAUAUUAAAAAAAUCAUUUGGUGACUUGCAUAUUUAAAGUUUUUUGGGAGAAUGAAUAAAUUAC